AUGGAUCAGGAUGCUUGUAAUGGGUCCUGCCGCCUAUGGUCGGCGCUACAAUGGCUGUAUUUUUUAGAGCUUUCAUGGUGCCAGAAUUUGGAUUUCAUGUUGUCCUUGAAUGCAUCACAAAGUCAUGCAAAGAUACAGUUUUUGAAGAAAAAUAUUAUGAUGGAUUUUGAUGAAGACAUGCUGCGGUGCAGACAAGAAAGAGUGGGGGGGGGGGGGGGGGGGCUAAAAGAGGAGGAGGAGGAGGAGAAGGUGGGGUGGUGGUGAGGGGGGCAGUGCGGAUUCUUUCCCGUCAUUCCCUGCAGCAGCAGCAGCAGCAGCUCCCUCCUCCUCCUCCUCCUCCUCCUCCUCUCUGUCUGUCUGUCGCUCCGUGGCGGAUGCAGUUUGCAGACUCUUCGUCUUCUCAGCUGAAGUUUGGAGACCCUGUGAAACCUCCUCAGCAGGUAAGCUCCCUCUUCCCCUCGCUCCUUUGUCCCUGCGGAUUUCUGCGGUGUCUGUUGUCGCGGUGGCUGUGAUUGAAACUGCGGAGGGAAACACUGAAGCGCAAACUUCGCCUCAUGUCAGGGUAGACUCGGUUUAGCGGUCGGACUCUUAUGGCUCGGUUGGGAGCAGAAGGUCCACCCUGGGGCCCAGUGCUCUCUCCUGUACCAAUCCGCCUUGUGCAGCGGUGCUGCGGCUCUCGUCAGCCCGCGUGUUCGCCGCUAGUCGCCGCCGCCCAGCCAGUAGCCAUUAGUCCGGGCAGAGGAUGGAGGAUAAUAACGGUGCGCCAUGCAUGGACGCAGAAACAGGCGUGGCCGCGGAGGGAGGAGGUGGUGUAUGUGUAUGGAUGUGUGUGUGUUCAGGACAAUAAACAACCGAGCUCAGAUCCGCCCUCGGAACAUUUGCGGUAGAUUGAGCGGGAUGUGUCCAGGCCUCCAGCCGCUGAGCCCGGCCGUGGGAGGCUCUGCAGGCCGGUGCGCAGUCCAGCAACCACCGGCCGAAAAUGCUGGAAAACAUGAAGAGGAGGGCUGGCGGUGGUCAGAGUGAAGAGCCGAACUUUGCAGGCCUCUGAACCGCCAAAUCCCCUCAAGACCCCAAAUUACGAGAUUUGGCUUCAGGGGGCGUUUUCUGGAGGGAAAAUAUUCGGGUUCUGUGUGAUUCCCGCUCGAUAGGGCCAUAAUGUGGGUCUGUUUUGAUCCCAUAAAUCCGCUAUGUUGUCAUGCAGGCCCGGAUCCAGGCUGGGAGGGGGCCAGGGCAGGGUCUAAUCCCCCAGAACAGAGUGAACAGACGGGGGCAGGGAGUAGACCCUGUCCCCUGUGAUCUUGUACAGAAAUGGGAUCAAACUCAGUCAAAACCCUGACCAAGGGUUUUAUCAAGUUUGAAUAAUCCAACAUUCCUGUAUGGUCUAAGUGGCCCCCACUCUGUAAGGGCUUAAAAUUAGGUUACAGAACAUCAACAGGUUCACCUGUUGAUGGAAUUGUUGUUUUUUCUUUUUGUAGUUCUUUUUUUUUGCCUUACACUAAAACAUCAUGUAAUACAGGAGAUUUCAGAGUUUGGCUGAUAUUUACAUCAGAAGCAGUAUUUGACUGUGUCAUCUCUAGAUAUUCAAACAAAAUUUACAUGACACACUCACUUGUGUCUGGUUUCGAUUUGAUAUGCUGUCUUUGAGGACAGAAAAGUUUUUAUUUGAAAAGAUAGUGCUGAUAAAAGCUUUGUGAGGGCUGGUGCUGAUAUGAUGUUAAUUAUUUCAAACUGCCAUAAAUUGGCUGAUUUAAUCAACUGGCUAAUAAUCACACUAUCUCGUCUAUAUUUUGGAAACAGCCAAAGGCAAGACGAAGACCUUUUGAUUGCACUCUAGACAUGUACUCUGCUGUCUGUUUACGGCAGUUCAAAAUACUUCCAUUCAGAUGCCAUGUUGGCACCUGUAAGCUGCCAUCAUGGGAUUCUCAUCCAUGUAUCAUAUUUAUGAUAUUAGCAGAAAUGAUCGCAUCUUAUAUUAUGGAUAAUCUGCCCAUAGUCAUACGCCAAUAACACUGUGCAUCCAGAAAGAUUCUGACAUGAAACAAAAGAUGAGAUACCCAAAUAUACAUUUCAAAAAGACACAAUAUGAAACAAAAUAAUAUGAAUUAAACCUAAAUGUCACACAAAAACAUGAUAUAUUAAAGGAUUAAAGAAAGACUGAUCAAUCAGUAGAUUAGUCAAUUAAUGGCAUUCAAAAUAAUCAGUCUUUGCUCAUAAAAAUACAUCGUUUGUGUCUGCAGACACUGCAGGCAGUCUGUGAACAAAUAAAAACAGGUUUUCCUUUUUAAGUGUUAUUAACAUUUUAUUCUGUUUUUCACUUAUAUACUAGUGUGCAUUUUCGGAUGGUCUUCAUUCAUUUUUCUGUUUAGCGUCUGCUGCAUGAUGACCAUUAUCUUAAAUACCAUCAUGAUUUGGUGAUAAACCCAGCCCAUUUUUUGGAUGAUCCCUGUGUCUCUCCAUUUUCAUCCCUCUGCUUCUCAGGUGGUGGCUGGCCUCGGAUAUGAGGGGAGUUUGACUUACAUUUAAGUAGAGAUGACUACUGCAGCAAUGGGUUAUUAGACUCUGUGUGAAUGACAAUCUCCUUUUCUCAAGUCAGUUUUUGUGGGUAUUUGUUCUUUAGUAUUGUUACUAUAAAGCUAUUUAAAAUGUUCCCAGAGUGUUUCUUUCAGGUCCUCACGUAAGCAACUCCUAAAGGCAGUUCUUAAGAAGUCUGCUCUGUACAAAGACCCCUAGGACUGUUUACCAACAGUUCCUGCAUGUUUACCUUUUCCUGUCAGUCUGAUUACAUUGGGAGGAUGCUCUUUGACAUAUUUCAGCUGUUUUGUUCACAUUUCUUUCUCUUACAGCCAUAUGAGCUGUUGAUUUUUACCACCAAACUUCGGCAGAACAUUUCUGGGAUUAAUAUAAAAUGAGGCACAGCAGUUGAUUUGUGAAAUAAAGCCUAAGUUUGGAUCUGAUGUGACUGUUCUCCUUGUCUGAUGAAACUUCAGAGAGCAAUCUCAGGUGUUCUUUGAAGGUACUCUAAAAUGACCCUGAGACUACAAAGAACACUUUAGUGUCAACAGGAUGUACUCUUAGUCUGCAGAGACUCUUUGGGAAUAGUCUUUGAAAUAAUCAAUCUAAGGGGACAUUUCCAGAAAACUUUCAGGAAUAAUACAGGAAACAAUUAUCACAAAAACAUUGACAUUCACAAAUUUCUGCUUUGCAUUGAUUCAUGUUUCUCAAAUGAUAUUUAAAUUAGGGUAGCAGAAACCUUGAGCAGAACCAGACUCAUGUAAAAAAGUCAUCAGCUGAGACUGAGCUGGGUAAGAGAGGGGAUCGAGGGAGAUGCAGAAGGAGACUCAUGCUGAUAAAGUCACAUUGGUUUUGUAACAGUGUUGAAAAUGGAGAGACUGAUGCUUGUAGUUGAAUUAAGUGGAAAGUAGUGCUGCAACUAACAACUAUUUUUUUGUCGACUAAUCUUUCGACUAGUCGUUCGAUUAAUCACGAUUAAUCACUAUCUUCUUUAUUUAUAAACACCUAUUUCUGGGGUGUCGGCGUUUCAGGUGCUCAUGCAUCGCCGUGGUGCUGCCAUGGUAGGAAAGCUGAGCUUUGCAUAGCUUGCACUCAACGUGUUUUUUGGUUUGUUCUCCGUAAAAUGUUCCCAAACUUUUGAAGUUUUGGGUCGGAGUUUUGGAGCGUCUUCUUCAGUUUGUUCUGCCAUGUGUGCACUCUUCUUCUGUGUUUGCUCACGGGAUGUAAACAGCGAGUGCUACUGCCCCCAGCACAUCCUGUAGUGCACUGCAGUUAUAGAUGAGCAUGAGGUGCCGGCAUGUGAUUCUUAACAACAAUAACACGACGCGUUGACGCUUAAUUUUCGUGUCAAUGAAUUUGUCGUGUCGACAUAAUCGAUUACGUCGACUAAUCGUUGCAGCCCUAGUGGAAAGCAGGCUGGUCCACAGCAACAAGACAUCUGCAGCAGUGAUCCAGAGGGACCUACAUGAUGAUGGGGCCCAGGGACUCCCAAGAAAAGACUCGAGUAUUUGUUACUCUAAUGGGACAUGAUGAUGAAAAAUUUAAAAUAGUUCAUUGGAAGUAGCUGCAAACCAAAGAGGUUUUAGCUAUAAUUAAAAUGAGCCUUAAUAAAAACCUCAGUGAGAAAACAACAGAUAAACAAAGUCAUUUAAACAACUUGAAAGUAUGUGUCUCUGUAUGAAACAGAGUUUCCUCCUGCUGAUAAUCCUGCAGGUUUUAUUUGCAUCUGACAGUGUUAGUUUAAAAGUACAAGUGCUGUAAAAACUAUUGUGUCAAUAUGUUUUCAUGUGAUCAGCUGUUCAGGUAAUCCAGGUGUGGCUCAGUGUAGAUGACACUAUCAUAAAGAGUCACCUUUCUGAUCAGACCCUCCAUACAAAGAGCAUGUCUUGUAACAUCAGAGGAAGCAUUAACAGAGUUCCGAGCUGACCUGGACUCAUCCUCCUCCUCAUGCAUAAUGAAAGAAGAGAAGAUGGACACUCAGAGUCAUUAGAGAGGUCUGCUCUCUGUCUUUUCACAGUUUAGGUUUUCAGUCGGGAUGGAAACUGGAUUUAUUCUCUGAAACACCCACAGAGCCUGGUUUCACUUUGACACAGUUAAUUUACAGGCUGGAGUUAACAAAGGCCUAUCUGAGAGGCUGUUCCUGUCCUGGGUAACCCUUGCACACUUUGCAAGUGUCAUGUAAAGCUCCUUCAUAUCUAGGAGGUAGUAUAAUUCAAACAGCAUCCAAAUGUCGGCCUUUGGUUAUGAUGUUGCCGGAUGAAUUUGUUGCUGCUCCAUUGACCUAAAUUAUUGUCUUUAUCUUGCUAACGUAGCACCAGCAGUGGACACCAAACAGUAGCAGCAGUAGGUUUGCUGGGUAUAAACCACACAAACAGGGCUAAACAUUUGCAGAUUUGUGUGUGCAUAUAUGGAUCAGUUCACACAUUUGUGGAUGUAUGUGAACAGUUGUAAAUCUUUGUUCUCAUUUGUAAAAUGUUAGCAGCAAUAAUGGCUCCAUAUUUAACGUGAUCUGGAUCCUUCAUGACCUUCUGUGUUAGUGUAAAUGGUAGUGAAGCCAUUCAAGGUGAGCAAAGGAAGAGGAGGAUGGACAAAAAUGUUGAACUGUUCCUUUAAAUGGUCUCAUUGAUUUGACGAAUUUAAACUUAUUACAGGCUAUUUUUAAACCUGAGUCAGUCACCUGUGUGAGACUCAGACUCCUUUAGCGUGUGUUCAGGUGUGAUUCAGCAGAAUGUGUCUGUUCAGUGUUUCUGACCUCAGUCUGAUGGAGCUGCUGAGAUGAAGGGUGGGGUCGGCUAACCAGGAAAUGACUCUGUGUGUGUGUGUGUGUGUGUGUGUGUGUGUGUGUGUGUUCAUUAAUCUAAUCACUCCACCCUGCUCUCGCUCUGCUCUGUUAGCUCACUGAAGUGAGGUCAUUCUUCUUCUGCUGCUGCUGUUUCUGGAACGGUAAUGGUGGACUCUAAGCAGCCUGAUUGGUCCGGCUGUAACCCUCUCUGGUCAUCCGAGUGUUUGUUCAUGAAGUCCUAAACCAUACAGUCUUAUCAGACUGGAUGUCUGAUAGCAGCUGCUGUGUGUCCAUGAAACCUCUCAGCUCUGUUUGUCCUCCUGAUGUGUUAAAGUGAUCCUGGUUCCAGUUUCCAUCCCUGAGUCUGUAAAUAUGCCUUAAUCCUGAUAUAGAGCGGAAUUUCAGUUUCACUCAUAAAUCACUGAAAAAGAGCUUCUGUUAAGUUCUUCAAUAGGUGAGAUGGAUUCUAGAAUGUUGGGUUAUUGAAUGCUGAGUUAUGGAAACCUGUGUUCUUGAGUAUUGGGAUCUAGGGGGCUUUCAAAUGAAUGUUGUUUGGUCCAGAAUUUUUGACUUUUCUGUUUGGUCCUAACCAAAAUGAUCAGUGUGAAACCUCCCAGGAACCUUGGUCCAGAGCAAACAGCCGGCCCUUGGUUUGACCAAAAGAGGUGGUCUCAGUCCAGACCAAACUGAACCAUGGUUUGGUUCAGGCCCAGUGUCAAAGCAUUUUUUUUAAAGGUCCGGACCUUCAUACAAAUAACAGGAAAUGAUACAAGUAGAAGUGUCUGUUAUUAUGUUGACUGGAGAUUGUCCAAGAAUGGGAAAUUCUAUAAUAUGGUAGAUAAAGUUAUACCUCACUAUUAACAGCAUAUCUUUCCAUGAGUUUUACAAUACAUACUUUCUUUCCUGAGUCGGUGUUGCAAUGGCUUGCAGGAUUGCACUUCUUCUUUUCUUCUCCUUUUCUGUCAAUGACAGUAAAGUUGUCGUCUAAUGAUCAAAUUCAUGAGACCAACUGGGACCAGCCUCAUGUACAGCCCUUCAAGUUGUCACUGUUGGGAGUAGAAAAUCAAAAAUAAUACAGAGAGGGGAAAGUCGAUUUCAUUUAUGUUUACAACAACACACCGGUGUUAUUCAACCUGUUGACAUCAGAUGCCAGCAGGCCAAAUGACCAAUCAAUGUAAAACACAAAGAUAGUGCAAUAAUGACAGUGUGGAACCUAAACAGACCGAACCAAAUGAAUACAAUGUAAAAAAAAAAAAAUAAAAAAAAAAAACAUGGACCUUGGUCCUGAGAAUACUGGGUUCUUGAGUGGAAUGCUGGAUUUUAUAGUGAUUGGUCAUGGAAUGCUGGAUCCUAGGGUUCUGGGUUCAGGGAUGCUUGGUUCUAGAGUCUAGGUUCUGGGUUGCUGGGUUCUACAGUGCUUGGCUCUAGAAUGCUGGGUUUAGAAUUCAGGGUUUUAGAAUGCUUUGAGGUAUCUUGAAGAGACAGUGGCUGUAUGAAGUGUUUCAGACAGAGGUGAAAUGAGAAUUAAGUAUAAAUUUGUUAUUUAACCUUUGACUUUGAAUUUGUUUUUUUAAAUAUUUAAUAAUAAUAAUAAUAUGAUAACAACAACAACAACAACAACAACAAUAAUGAAAUAAUAAUAAUAAUAAUAAUAAUAAUAAUAGUUUUUAAAAAACACCCUCUCUUAAUUAUAGACUAUUUGAAUGACUAUAAAUGUCACUCCAGAUAAAGUUGGACCAUGCUUCAGUCAAAAGGUGAGAGAAUGUCCCUAUAAAGCCUCAGAAUAACAUGUUAUAUCAGAUGAGUGUGUUAUUACAGGUGUGUUUAAUUUGAAAAAGAGUGUGUAUGGAGAAAAAUCUUUACUUGUAGAUUCUUUGUAGUUAGUACUAGUAGUAGUAGUCAUUUUAGCCAUGACAACACCAAAUAUUGUAUACAAUAUUGACAUUUCAAACUAAAUCACUAACUCAAGAAUCAUGUGCUGAAUAUUGACUGAAAAUGCAUAGGCAGAAGCAGACUGCUUAUAGAAGCAUAUCCUGUAUUGUCAAUUUUUUAAGCUACCAACUUUCAGAAAAGCAAAGAAACCACGACAACAGAUAAUUAAUCGCACUUAUAAGCUUCAAAAAUAGUUUUACAAACCAUUUUUUUUAAAACCAAAAAAGAAUGACAUGUUUUUAUAUUUAUGUUGGCAUCAUUCCAGAAUUUAACUCCAGUAAUGGAGACAAAUCUCAUUUUCAUUCUCUUUUUUAGCUCUUUGUACAGUAAAUUUGCAAGCACCUCCGAGAUUAUACGGACUGUCUUGAAUUGAAUAGAACUUCUGUAUUGAGUUGGGGAGCAUUUUUGAUUUUGCUCUAAACAUAAUUUGCAUUAUUUUAUAAUGAAACAGAUCAUAAAAUUUCACAACAUGAGAAUUUAGAAAAAGGGGCUCCGUGUGAUCAUAAUAAUCAGUCCUAUUGAUUAUAUGUAUAGCUCAUUUUGCAGUAAAACAUGAAAAGUUUCUGCUGCUGGAGUUAGAACCAGCAGACAUUCCUGACAUGUUAACAUGACUCCGACAAACAAAUGGUUUGAGAGAGAGACUGUGUGUGUGUGUGUGUGUGUGUGUGUGUGUGUGUGUGUGUGUGUGUGUGUGUGUGUGUGUGUGUGUUCUGUGAGACAGCUGCUGGUUGGACAGGUGACGCGCACACACACACACACACCUGCUGCCUUUCCCAUGUGUGUAUAUUUCCUCAGCUGUGACUAUCAAGCUUUGAGGAAUGUUUGAGGGUAUUUUAGAGUCACUGCCAUUUGUGACUUUAAAUGGUUGACCCCCCCACGCCACACACACACACACACACACACACACACACACACACACACACACACACACACACACACACAUUCCAGAAGUACACUCCCUCGCAGAACAUCCCCCUUGCUGUGCUGGUGCUUAGAGCCAACAGACAUGGAAAUUAACAAUCACUAUACACUGUGCAACCCUGUUUUACAAAAGUUGGGAAGCUGUGCUUAAUGUAAGUGAAUCCAUGUGACCAGUCUCUGGAUUUUGGAAAGGAAUAUGUUGCCCUAAAAUGCUUUUUACUGUGAGCUGUCAACAAGCGUAGUGGUCCCUUUACUCUUUAGAGCAUCUGAGGAUGCAGCAUCCAUGAUUUCCAAGAAGAAUGUCAACAGUUCAGGCUCUCGUUGUUUUGUGUCAAGAUGCUCUAAAUGAUUUUAAUGGUUGACAAGUCAGGACUGUAGGCAGGCUGGUUAAGCAGCAGGACUCUUCUACAACAGAGCCAUGUCGUCAGGUAGUUCCACUCCUCUAAAAUAGAGAACUCACAGUCCAUGAGCUCCCGAAAAGCUAUUGAUUUGAAUUUUCCUCAUUAUUUCUAGAUGUUCCUCUAGCUCUCUCACUGUUACACAACUUUUUACAUGUUUGGUUGUUCCUCUGACAACUUUUUAGAAACAUGUUGCUAUUAGAGAUGCACCGAUUGCAAUAUUCUUGGCCGAUACCGAUUUCCGGUUUUAAAUGAGGUCUGACCUGCCAAAACCGGUUUUUCCGAUACCGAUUUUCUAUCUAAGAAAUAAUUAUAAUCAUAUAAUAGACACCAUAUUUGUUUGGCUUGAGUACCCUUUCCCAAUUUUAAUUUAAGUACCCCUCUCCCAGACAACAUUUUGCUUAACUGCAAUUAAAAGCACAACUAAUGGUAGGCUAUAUGCUAUCAUAAACCCCCUUUUCAAGAAUAAAACCUCACAAAUAAGAAAUAGAGUGAGAGUUUCAACAGUGCCUCCUGAGCAGAUUUAUUUUCAACACUGACCAUAACAAUCAGUCCAGUUUACAGGUCAAUAACUAACUUACAUUCAAACAACAUUCAAAAACGUCCCAGCAUUUGCCUGGUACAAUGUAAUUUAUUGACUACCCCUCCAGUACCUCUCUCAAACGACUCUGGCAGCGCUGUGUCAGAAAAGUGCCGCCUACUUGGUAGUUUGUACCAAUCAACGCCUAAGACAUUUGGAACAACAAACUUAAUACGCCACUUGGAAAAGAAGCACCCAGGCUUGUUUAGCAAAUAUAAGGAAUACACUGCCGCUAAGAGGAGAGAUGCAGCAGAGUCGCAGCGACCACAACAACCCUCCGCCGUCGCUCCUAUGUUCGACAUCAACACUGAAAAGUCCAAAGCCACCACCAGGAAAAUAAUGGUGUUCGUGGCACUGGAGGACCAGCCGUUUAGCGUAGUACAGGAUAAAGGCUUCGUAAAUCUGAUGAAACACCCUACUUGGUAAUUUGUACCGUGGACUCAGGUGUUUCGUCAGAUUUACGAAGCCUUUAUCCUGUACUACGCUAAACGGCUGGUCCUCCAGUGCCACGAACACCAUUAUUUUCCUGGUGGUGGCUUUGGACUUUUCAGUGUUGAUGUCGAACAUAGGAGCCACGGCGGAGGGUUGCUGUGGUCGCUGCGACUCUGCUGCAUCCCUCCUCUUAGCGGCAGUGUAUUCCUUAUAUUUGCUAAACAAGCCUGGGUGCUUCUUUUCCAAGUGGCGUAUUAAGUUUGUUCUUCCAAAUGUCUUAGGCGUUGAUCCUCCACGGCUGACUUUUGACUUGCAAGCAUUACAAACAGCGGGUUUUGGGUCGCUCUGGCACACAGUGUCAAAUCACCGACAUGUUUUCCUCCUGAGUCUUGCUAAUUUUUAGCAGUUUUGCUCGGAGCUGAUACGCACCGCGCAUGCGGGUUAGUUUGCUCGGGGAAAACCGGCAAAUUACGACAGUGACCGGCCGGUCACCGGUUGGGGCCGGUUGGAUAUAAAACCGGCUUUUUAAAUCGGCGUCCGAUUAAUCGGUGCAUCUCUAGUUGCUAUAUCAGAUUUAAAGAUAAGCAGAUUACAAACAAUGACAUUUAUCAAUUUCAACUUUUGAUAUGUUGCCUUGACACUAAAUCUAAUCAAAUAAAAAAUUAAAAUGACUUUCAAUCAAUCAACCAUUUGUUUCCAGACUAAAGAAGUGAGGUUGUUCUUUGUACAUGCAAAAAUUACAGUCAAACAUUCUUAUCUUCACAGCCUAAAAUUACCAACUGUGUGCGUGCAUGCAUGUUUUUAAGGCGUGCAUGUUUUUAAGGGGUGUUCCAGUGGUUUUGCUCUUGCUUUUGUCAUGUUUGAAGAAUGUGGAGCAAUUUGAACCCAAACAGCUAGAAUCCACAAGGGAGAGGAAGGUGGUCUCUUCAGACUUCCGCCUCCACCCCCUACUUAAACCGUCAAUCUGCAUUCAGAAAAAAUUAUUUCUGUUUUUGUCCUCUAACAGCUCAUUAAUCAAGAAAAAACUGGGACCUGAUUGGUUCUUUUCAACUUUUAGAAAAAGAUGAAUCAGCUGAUUCAGGAGUUGAUUGAACUUAUGAUGUUUUUUCUGCGUUUUAUUUACGUGAUUUGACAUUUAAGUGACAUACAAUUUUGAGUUGUAUAUUGCUCGUCAAACCUUUUACCUCUGACCUCCUCUUGACAGUCAGAGUUAUCUGAGAUCUGUUUCCAUUAUCCAGCAGAAUUUUCUAGGAAAAUGGCUCCAUUAGAGGCGUCAGAAUCCCCCUGGACGUCCUCAGUGUGUCUGAGUGCAGUAAUGACUCUGCCGCUGCUCGAUAACUCUGAUGAUAGAGCUGUUUACUUCCUCCAUUAGUUGGGGUCAGCUGACCUGAUCAGAGCCAAUCAGAACACAGUACCACCUCCUCUUUCAGCAGGGCUCCACACACACACACACACACACACACUAUACCACAUCAGACAGUAUUCUAUGAACUGUAUUCAUAAAGUUCAUCUAACAGUUCUGAGUUUUUGACUUUUAACUUGAUGUGUUGUCCAGGAAACGUAGUUGACUGAGGUCUGUGACUUUUAGGUAAAACAAACAUUUUAUCCCCAAAAAUCUUUUGUUCUGUCUGUUUUUUGUGUGUGAAAUGGUCAUCAAUUUUUCUGUUUUUAUUAUUAUUUUUGUUGCUGUUGCCCAUCUUGUUUGUUUAUUGUUGUUAAUGUUGUUGGUAUGAUCGUAUGUUGUUUCUGAUCUUGUUUCUGGGGCCUGUUCUACGAAGCAGGAUUACUGCUUAGCGAGGUAACUUCAAGGGUAAGUUCGGGGUUUCCUGUUCUACGAUGCGGGUUCACUUCUUAGCGAGGUGAGUCUCCAUGGCAACAUACGCUGAACGGCUAACCUGCUCCGGGGCAGGUUAGGUUCCAGAUUGAACUCACGGAGUAUAAACCCCGCCCACUGACCAAUGAGCUCUCUCGAAAAAUGGCUUGUCCAUUCUUGGAGGAUCCUAUAGACCUCGGUGCUCGCAUUGUCCGAGGUGCACUCCGGCGUGCGAGAGUUUUCAGGGACUGCACGGACCCACUUACUUCUCCGGAUGACAACCUUUAUUAAAGGCUCAUAUGACCGACAUAUCACAAAAAAAAAUGUAAACACGAUAGGAAUGAACAAAUGAAUGAAUUCAUCUUGGAAAUGAACGGGCAUGGGCUGCGUGAUCACAGACAACAUCUCGGUACUAUUUAGUAGCAGCGCACGCCCCUUAUAAUAACCCCCGUGAAAACUGUUGUUCAGGACUGCUUACUUGUGCUUCCUACCCACUGUAAUAACCGUUGUUCCAGCCCACAUGCAGCAUUUUUGUUCUCAUUCGUGAAACACUUAAAUCGGGGACAUUUUCAGGGACAGCUUUAGCCGGGGACAGAUCAUCCAAUUCGGGGACUGUCCCCGGAAAUCGGGUACGUCUGGUCACCUUAGUUAAAAGUGCAAGUUGAACAGUGCUAUUUCAGGGUGAUAAAGGCAUCAAAGAUUCAUUUUCUGCCAGCAUUCCUUCCGCGCUUUAGCAGAGGCGACGGUGUUGCUUUUGAGGUUUAUGAUAGAUUUGAAUUCUUCAUACUUUCUCAUGAUCGUCUCCUACUCCUCGUUUGUAAAGUACGCGGUCCUUCGCUCUCCGGCUGGCUCUGACGCUCCAGACUGGUCCAUGUUCACGAUUGGUCAGAUGUUGCAGGCUCUGCCUUACAUGCAUGCACGCGCUCAUAGCAAAGCUGGAUCCACUUACGAGGUUGUUAACCAGCGUCUUAAGACCGUUUAGCGAGACCACUGGCUACCGCGCUAAGUUGAGCGAGCUAGGUUGAACUUGCUUCGUAGAACAGGCCCCUGGUCUUGUAAGUUUUUGUUAUUGUUGAUCCAUUCACAAAUCUUUCUGGGUUAGAUGUCAUUGCUGUUCUUGUUGGUGAGUUUAUGUUGUUGUGAUUCCUGUUGCUGAUCAUGUGGAUUAGUUGCUUCUGUUGUUGAUCUUGUUAAAGAUCAAGUUCGUAAGUUGUUUUUCUUAAGGACCUUGAUAGUGAAUUUAUCGUGUGGUUGAUCCUGUUGGUGGGCUGCUUUUGUUAUUGUUGAUCUUGUUGCUGAUCUUGUAAAUAGGUUCUUACUGUUUUAAGUCAUGUUGGUUUGUUGUUGAGUUGUUGAUCUUGUUGCAGAUCUUGUUGGUUAGUUGUUGAUCUUAUUGUUGAUCAUAUUAAUAAUUUUUUUCAUGGUUAAAAGUUGUUCUUGAUGAUCCUGUUUUCGGUCUUGUUGGUAAGUUCAGUUGGUUGAUUUUGAUCCGCUGAUGAUCUUAUUUUUUGGUUGUUGUUGUUGAUCUUGUAGAUCUGAGGCCUGUACUACAAAACUGGAUUAACACACCCAGGAUAAUUCUGCCACAAUUCAACUUCACCAGAUCUCCGUAAUCCCGAUCAGCUGUACUACGAGGCAGGAUAACUAGCUAACUAAAUCCAGUUGUGGCCAGUCUAGAUCUGUGCACACACACGUAAAGGGGGUGGGGGUCAGUGCCACCGGACCAAUCUCCACAAUGGAGAAGGCUGUGUGUCAUAUUUCACAGCUGAGGAACAGAGCAUUGUUUUACGCAAAUACUAGGAGUACCGCAACAUUAUAGUGGCAAGGAGCAAGACAUAUUUGUACAUAUUUCAACAUGUAAAUAGUGAUUUCCUCACACUGCCUUGAUGAGGAGCUUUUUUCUUUUUUCUCCAUCAUCUGACGGUCACAUGUCAUCUGUGGACACAUUUGGGGUUAAGAGGAGUUUUCUAAUCUGCUUCAAUAAAUUCUAAAUGAUGACUGUUAUCCUGCAUAAAACUUGAACUUGGAGCUUGGCAAAUAUUAGUGCAUUGCUUAGACUUCAUGCUACCUGAAUAUUGAGGCAGUCCGAGGAAAACCUGUAACGUUCAUAGAGAACGUCAUCAGGUAAAUCAAACGGAUUUGAACGAUCAUGAAUAUAGUGCUCUCGGCAAAGCGUUACUCUCAUGAUCCAUGCACCAAUGUCCACGGAAUCCGGCAAAAGUGGGUAAGUCAUUUUCCAAGAGAUCCGAUUGGUCAGUGGGCGGUCAUUUAUACCUGCUGAGAUCUCAUCCUGAAAUAUAACCUGCUCCGGAGCAGGUUUUGCGUUCUGUGUAAGUUACCGGAGCAACGGACCCGGAUAGAAAGAAAUCCACCUUGGUAGUACGGAAAACCCAGAAGUUAUCCAGAAGUUAUCUUGCUAAGAUCAAAUUCAGCUUCAUAGUACAGGCCUUUCGCGGGCUAGUUUUUGUUGUGGAUCUUGCAAGGAGGUUCUUUUUGCUGUUGUAAAUCCUGUUAUUCAGUUGUUGUAAAGUUAGUCUGAUGUGUCUGAUGUUGUUGUUGAUCUUGUUGUUUUGUUGACGUUGUUGACCCAUUUUCUUUUCACUUUGUCCCUCCAGGGAUCGGCCUGA